AUGCGACCGAUAUGGUACAACGCCGUUAUAAACAAAACCAACAGCACUCAUGUCGUUGGCAGCAGCCCGAGUAUCAGGACUCUCGCCGUAAUCGGCCAUGGUGUAUCCAUAGAUGAUGCCAUCGACCUGGGCAUCUUUCAGGAGCUUGUGCACAUACUCGGUAUCCUCCUUGCCGCUCGUCCAACCCAGCACCUUACCGAGCUGGUCACCACGGGCUUGGCUCCCCUGCCGCAGCUCGGUGCACGUCAAGCCACCGUCCUCAUAGCAGUCGCCGAACCCAUUGGACAGGUCGAUAGUGCCGUAGUCCAUGAGACGCUGGGGCACGGGGACGUUUUCGGCGGUCUCGUUGUAGACCUUGAGCACGUGGUCGUGGAAGCCGCUGACCAUCAGGGCCUCAUUGGGGUUCAGCGACGUGCGGAUGGCAUGGUAGCUGCGGCCGCCCUCGGUGCCGAAGAACCCGAACAGCGCCUUGACACCGGCUGGCUCCAGCGUCUCACGGGCGACAUCGCGUCGCGGGCGGGUGACCCCAGCGGUGUUGGGCCCAUGUCGUGGUCGGCGAACCAGCCGUCGCGCGUGGCUCGCAUCGUGCAGGACUCGGUGGGCUAUUGCGUACACGGGCCGUGGGUCGAAGAUGUCGUCGACGGGACUGCCGCUGCCGGCGGCGGCAUCGUUCGAGGUGUUGUAGAGGGAGCCGGCGUUGAUGGUCGCGAUCCAGAUCAGCGAGAGAACGGCCACGGCCCCGAAUGCCAACUUCAGCACGGGCAGCGAGGGAUAAUAGCGAGCGAAACCGUUGGAAUCCCAACGUUUGACCGAUUCGAGCACCAUCAAGGCGAGUCACCAACCAAAAAAAAACCCCAAAAAUAA